AUGAACCCCGAGGGCGACAGGCCCCAGCGCAAACGCCCGGCCAACCUCAAGGACUUCCCGAAGGGCCCGGACGGCAAACCACUGGGCCCCCAGACCCCCGGCGAUGAACCUACUUCGCCCUGGGCGGGCUUUCCCCUCAAGGACGACUACCCGCAGGUGGAAGACCCGUCGGACCCCACCCGCACGGUGUCCACCAAGCAGGCGAACCGCCCCUUCCUUGCCUACGCGCAGUACCGUGCUGAACGCGAGAAGUUGCAUGCGGACUGGCUGCAGCGCAAAAAGGAACGCGACGAGAAGCUCGCGCGCGGGGAGGAGGUGGGGCCCGAGGAGCCUGACCCAACCGAGGAGCGGGAGGUGGGCUGCCUCGGGCUGCUCAAGUUCAUUCUCUACGCGACCCUGUUCGUCGUGCUCGCAGGCAAGUUCUUCACCGGCAGCUUCCUGUGGGAGAUGGAGCUCCCGAGCGUCUCCCAAUUCAUGCCGAGUGGCCAGCGGCUUUUCUCGGAGAAGUUCCUCGCGCAGUUCGACGGAACGGACGCCGACCGCCCCGUGUACAUCGCUAUCGACGGGGACGUCUACGACGUGAGCAGCAACCGUGCCACCUACGGCCCUGGGGGCUCUUAUCAUAUGAUGGCUGGCAGAGAUGCCGCGCGUGCAUUUGGAACCGGGUGCUUCAAGACGCACCUCACGCAUGACCUCCGCGGCCUAAGCGAGAGCGAAAUGAAGGGCGUCGAGCACUGGAAGAAGUUCUUCGGCGAGUCGAAGAAGUACUCCAAGGUGGGCCGGGUGUCGCACCCCCCGAUCGACCCUGCGAGCGACUACCCGGAACAUUGCGAUCCGAAGAAGGCCCAAGCGGCGCUGGAUCGCGAACGCAAGGCGAAGGAGGAGGCCGCGGGCGCAAAGGACGCGAAGCGCGAGGAGCUCUGA